AUGUGUUGGAAAGGAAGUGUAAUUGUGAAGAACAUCUUUCGCGGGACACCGGAGCACGGAUAUGCUUGCUUGCCGGCUUUUUUCCACAUAGUGGAGUUAUUGAAUCCGAGGUCUUCUUACUCUAUCAUGGUAAACCGGAUGAAUGGAUCAUUCAUUUACUACUUCUUAGCAUUCGAAGCUUUCAUACAGGGAUAUGGCCACAUGAGAAAGGUAAUUGUCGUUAAUGGCACACAUUUUUAUGGCAAGUACGGGGGCAUUUUGUUGAGUGUCGUUGCACAAGACACUGAAAAUCAUAUCUUUCCGAUUGCCUUUUGUGUGAUCGAUAAAGAGAACAAUGCUUCUUGGACCUUCUUCUUCCAGAAGCUGAAGUCUAUCGUAGAAGAUGAACAAAAUCUAUGUGUCAUCUCUAACAGGCACAUUAGCAUCGCCAAUGCCUUCUCCCGUAUGUACAGUCGUGCACAUCACGAACUUUGCAUGAGGCACCUCACUGAAAAUCUUUGCAAAUUGAAGAGUAAUUUCCCCGAGGCAGCACAUGUUCUUGAAAUUGUGCUUGGUUUUGACAAAUGGAGUAGAGCACACUUUCCGGGCAAUAGGUAUGAUGUGAUGACUAUAAACAUUGCAGAGUCGCUCAACUCAAUUUUUAUGGAUGGAGGAGAGUACCCCGUGUCGUAUAUAUUCAAUUCAAUUGCUAGAAAAUUUGGUGAAAAAUUUAGGGAGCGGCAUGCCUUUGUCGAUGGUAAAGAGAACAUAUUUGUGCCUUAUACGGAAAGGAUCCUAAGGGAUAAAAGAGCGCGAGCGAUUUCUUCUUUGCAAGCAAAGUAUGGUGAUGGCGAAGGUUAUGGUAACUCCAUAUACAACUACUCUUCGCCAAUUUAUAAAACUAAAAGUUACCUCCUCGCAUACUCGGAAGCAAUUAACGUUGUCCCUCUGGAGGCCGAAUGGACUGUACCUCAGGAAUUGCUAGACACUAAAAUUUCUCUACCCCCUUACGAUCCUAAACUUGUAAGGAAGAAAUUCAAACGCACUAAGGGCAUUGGUGAGACACUCAAGUCCAAAAGGAGGAAUAGGUGUUCAAUAUGCAAGAAAUUCGAAUACAAAAGAACUACGUGUAGGAUGGCCAUCAAAUCAUAG